AUGCCGUUUUCGGGGGGUGACGGUGCCGUUCUGUCGCCAGCUCUGCUCGUGGCCGUCAGGAUCAACGGCAAGGGCCGCGAGGUUCUGUACCUGGCCAAGGGCGACUCGGUCAAGCUGGGCUGUCCCUACGUCCUGGAGCCCGAGGACAACGGACCCCAGGGCGUGGGGAUCGAGUGGAUCCAGAUCACCCCCGAGAGACCCGGCCCCGAGAACGUGUUCCUGUCCUACCACGACCACCACGUGAACUACGGCAGCUCGGGGCUGCAGGACCGCGUGGCCUUCGAGAGCGACACCGGCACCUACCAGUGCCGCGUCAAGAAGAACACGGUGGCCGUGCACGAGGUCAUUGUCACCGUGCAAG